CCUAUCUUCGAAGGUUCAACGGUGGCCGGAGGAUAACUGCGCCCAGGCCGGGGUGGCGGGGAAGCGUUUCAGUUCGGUCCGCCAGUCGGGUCCUGGUCAGCGCUUCUCGCGGCCCCGCUCCGUCGACAGGUUCCAAUGGCCAAGGAUGCGCCAGGCCUUGCUAUGUUUGAGGACGUGGCUGUGUAUUUCUCCUGGGAGGAGUGGGGGCUCCUUAGUGUGACCCAGAGGAGCCUAUACCGUGAUGUGAUGCUGGAGAACUUUGCACUCAUUAGCUCACUGGGAUUUGCACCAUCAAGAUCGCAUGUGUUUGCCCAAUUGGAGGGUGAUGAAGAGCACUGGGUGCCCAGCUGGAUGGACGUGACUCCAGUCAGUAGACCAGAGGCCAGGAAGAGUCCUGGUCUUGGUUGUCUGCGUAGUGUGGAUAAUGAAGAAGCUCCAUCCAGGCAAGAGAAAAGUUGCAGAGUCCACCUGUCAGAAAAGCCCUUCGUGUGUGGAGAGUCUGAGAAGGAUAUUCCAGCCACCUUAGACCUCCUCCAGCACCAGCCCACCCAUAGCAAGGGGAAGCUAUGCAGAAGCACUGAGCAAGGGGCAGCUUUCCUGCCCAGCUCCAAUCACAGGCAGCAGCAGGGAGUCCACACCGCACAGAAGCCCUUCAAGUGCAGUGACUGCGGGAAGAUCUUCUUGAAGGCCUUCGCUCUCCUUGACCACCUGAUAACUCACUUGGAAAAGAGACCCUUCAAAUGCCCGAUAGGCAGAAGUGCCUUCAAGGUGAAAUCAACUCAUGUUAAUCACCGAAAAAUUCAUGCUGGAAAAACAUCCCAUGUGUGUAACGAGUGUGGGAAGGCCUUCAGUUACCCAUCUAAACUGAGGAAGCACCAGAAGGUUCACACAGGCAUAAAACCUUUCAAGUGUAGUGAAUGUGGGAAAACCUUCAACCGCAAAGACGCACUUGUUCUGCACCAGAGGAUUCACACUGGAGAAAGGCCUUAUGAGUGCAGCAAAUGUGGGAAAGCCUUCAGCGUUCUGUCUACCCUCAUUCGACAUCGAAAAGUUCACAUUGGAGAAAGGCCCUAUGAGUGCAGGGAAUGUGGAAAGUUCUUUAAAUACAAUAAUAGCUUCAUUCUUCACCAGAGAGUUCACACUGGAGAAAGGCCUUUUGAGUGCAAGCAAUGUGGAAAAACCUAUGUGACCCACUCUGGCCUGUAUCAGCACUGGAAAGUUCACACUGGAGAACGGCCCUAUGAGUGCAGCCUCUGUGGGAAAACCUUCACCACCAGGUCCUACCGCAAUCGGCACCAGCAAUUUCACACUGAAGAGAGGUCCUAUGAAUGUACAGAAUGUGGGAAAACCUUCAAACAUAGUUCUACACUCCUUCAGCACAAGAAAGUACACACUGGAGAAAGGCCUUAG